UAUAUUCCCUCCUCAUUUCAAUGUAAGAUGGUGGUAAGAAUCUGCUACCUAAAUAAACAGUAAAACUGAGUAGGAAAACAUUUCAUCAAUACUGAACAUCUGUGCUGUGGAAUAGUGAUAUUGUCAAACUAUCAGAUAGGUACAUCUGAUCAGUUUAAAGGCAGAAACCCCAGACUAAACUAGAGUGAAUAUACCUUGGAGUGGAAUCCCUGCAAGCUAGUUGAACACCUUGGCUGACCAACCAGAGUCUCUCCUGAACCUGCUGUAUGAUAGGAUGUCUCGCAGUCCGGAACUGAAAGAAGAUCCAAUGGAGUGCCCACUGUGCAUGGAACCUCUGGAGAUUGACGAUGUCAACUUCUUCCCCUGCACCUGUGGCUACCAGAUCUGCCGUUUCUGCUGGCACCGUAUCCGUACAGAUGAGAAUGGCCUUUGCCCUGCCUGCAGAAAGCCUUACCCAGAAGAUCCGGCAGUAUACAAGCCACUGUCACAAGAGGAGAUCCAGAGGAUAAAGAAUGAGAAGAAGCAGAAGCAGAAUGAAAAAAAGCAGAAAGUGACAGAGAACCGCAAGCACCUAGCCAGCGUCCGCGUGGUGCAGCGGAACCUGGUGUUUGUAGUGGGCCUGUCUCAAAGGCUUGCGGAUGCAGAGGUUCUAAAGCGUCCAGAAUAUUUUGGAAAGUUCGGCAAAAUCCAUAAAGUGGUCAUCAAUAACAGCACGUCAUAUGCAGGUUCACAGGGUCCUAGUGCCAGUGCCUAUGUAACUUACAUUCGUUCCGAGGACGCCCUUAGAGCAAUACAGUGCGUAAACAAUGUCAUAGUGGAUGGUAGAACAUUAAAGGCUUCUUUAGGAACAACAAAGUACUGCAGUUAUUUUCUCAAAAGCAUGCAGUGUCCUAAACCGGACUGCAUGUAUUUACAUGAAUUGGGGGAUGAAGCGGCUAGUUUUACAAAAGAAGAGAUGCAGGCGGGGAAACAUCAAGAGUAUGAGCAAAAAUUACUCCAAGACCUUUACAAAGUGAACCCCAACUUUUUACAGACUUCAACAUGUGGAGAGAAGUCUAAAAGCAAACCCAACUCCACUCAGAGACCCAAUAGCACGAAUAAAGAAGGGUGGCCCUCAUUACAGAGCUAUGGGAAAAUGGUAAACGGUUUACCCACAGAAAAUCGCAAGUCCCCUCCUUUUUUAGACUGCUUAACAGACUCCGAUCACAUGACUCCAGAUGAACUAGACCCUGAACAGGUCACAGAUCAGAACACAGGCCUCCCACCAUUCCCCUCAGCCUUGGAGCCAACCAGUCCAAUUGACAAACCAUCAGAAACCAGAAGUUUAGGAAAUGGGGAAACUAUAUCACAGACAUCCAGUAGUGAUUCCCCAUCUCCUCCACCUGGCCUUACCAAACCCAGCCUCAUCAUACCCAUCAGUGUGGCUGAGCUCACAGCACGCUCACCAUUUGAGGGGGCGGCAGCAGAGUCUCAGUCACUUUUCUCAGACAACAGCAAUUUCAGGCAUCCCAACCCCAUCCCCAGCGGCCUGCCCUCCUUCACCAGUUCACCACAGGGAGCCUCCGACUGGCCCAUGACUCCAGAACCACAGAGCCUUUUUACCUCAGACACUAUACCUGUGUCAUCCUCCACUGACUGGCAGGCAGCCUUUGGUUUUGGCUCUUCGGCCAAGCAGCAGCAGCAAGACGAUGACCUUGGCUUUGACCCAUUUGACGUCACACGGAAGGCCUUGGCCGACCUCAUCGAGAAAGAGCUGUCAGUCCAGGAGCACUCCCCACUCUCACCCAACCCCUCUACCCACCAGACCAGCCUACCCAAUGGCCAACAGCGCCUUCCUCACUUCCAGCACAGAGGCCUUUAUAACUCGUUCAGUCUGCCCCAACACACAGCCGCACGCCACCCCUGGAUGGGCCUCCCCACCCGCAAUAACCUCACACAUUUGAACCACACAGCCGCACACAACCAUUUCUUAGACCUGAGUAUCCCGGCCCAGCACCACAGUACCGGUCUUGGGGGGAUUCCUAUAUCAGCAGAAAACAACGGCUCGAUGGAAGGCAUAAAUGUAAAAGAGUGGCAGGAUGGACUGCGAGCACUCCUACCAAAUAUCAACAUCAACUUCGGAGGCCUCCCAAACGCAACCUCCUCCUCUUCCUCCACAUCCAGUGUCAAUCACAUUGGGGUGCCGGUAGGCACCAAUAGAGUUUCACACAGCCUCAGCUGGGAAAGUACGGCCAGUUGGAUGGACCCCGCCAUUAUCACAGGUAUUCCCGCAUCCACAGGAAACAGUUUGGACUGUCUUCAGGAUGACAAUCCGCCACACUGGCUCAAGUCGUUGCAGGCCCUCACAGAGAUGGACGGCCCUCCCAGUUCCAGCGCACUGUCCCAGCCCCCUCACACCGGCCUCCUGGACGCGGCGGCCCACCUCUCCCUACACAGAGCCGCCUGGGCCCCUUACCUUCCCCCUCCUACACUCACUCCCAGUCAGUACCACUCCCCACCUCCAGGCUUUCAGACAGCUUUCAGACCCCCAGCGCAGACCGCCACAGACAUCCUACAGAGUGUCGGUAUUGACCGCCACUAAAGACAACCCAACCUAAACUUAACUGCAUCAAAACAUAAAACUGCAAAUAUACCCCUUCCAUUAAUAAUGUAACAAGCUCUUGUCUUACUACCCUUUACCUCUCCAUUGCUUACCUGUCAGGAUUUGUUUGUCUCCGGUCAGUUUUUUUGAAGGCACACAUAAAUCACUGUAUGACUAGCACCACCAGUGCAGGGUAAUGAUGAUGUUGAAGGUGCCUGGGAGACACUGAGAGUCCUAACAUACAUAUACACACUUUCACACAUGAUUCUGGGGGGAAGUGUCUGACACGGUUUAAGGGAUAAUUAACCCAAAAAUAAUUCUGUAAUCAUUAACUCACCCUCAUGUAAUUUCAAACCCGUGGAACACAAUGGAUGUAAGGCAGAAUUUAGGUCACCGUACACUUUCAUUGUAUGCAAUAGAAGUGAAUGGUGAUUCCAGCAUUCGGUCCUUAAUAUUCUGCCUUUUACAGGUUUGUAACAACAUGAGGGUGAGUAAAUGAUGAUAGAAUUUUCAUUUUGGGGUGAACUAUCCCUUUAACUGUGCAAAGAAAUGUGAGAUACCAUGAAAACUGAUAUAAUGGCUAAAAAUAAUGUGCUUAAACAACACAUCUGGUUGCUGUCACUCCAUCCAAGGUACCGAUUGUAAUUAAUAGAGUGAAUCAUUACACUUCUCUUGAGUUGGGGCGGGGGUUACAGACACUCUCUAUACAUUGGUCUUGGUUUCUAACAUAUUUGAUGUUUUAUGGAACAGAGCCACAGGUGAGAUAUUUGAGUGCAUUUAUAGGGUGAUGAACCUGGUCCUCCUUGGAAGGGACAGAAUGCUACAAUACCUUUUGUAUCUUAGGAGCUUUUUAAAAAUCAAGCAUCGUUGGGGAAAUAACUUGAAAGAAAGGUGAACAAGACCUUUGAUAUGGUCUUUAGUGGCUUGCCUGUAAAAUAAGCCAUUCACUCAAUGUGUGAAUCAAGAAUUGAGUCGGGAACCAUUGGAAGGAUGAUGAUAGUAACACAAAAGGAGAAAUGUUAAGCAUAUUUGAAAGCGUAAUGGCAGGCACACAUUAAUAUCUGGCCAUUCCAGGGCCUUCAAAUGAUUUAUGUUCCCUUUUCUCAUCCGUGUGGCCAUACUAAACAGUAUUUAUCUAAUGCAAUCACUCAUUCUUUCAGGAAAACAAAAAUCAAUGUAGUCCAACAUUUCAGUUUAACAUGCUGCUGAGAUCAUUUAAUACAAUAUAAAGAGCUUAAAGAGAAGAACUGACCCCUUUUCUGCUGGUCUGGAACAAUGAAAUCUUAAAUAAAAUUGAGUAUCAGUGGCUC